AUGUUAGUGUUCAAGGACGGUAUUGGUAAGGGAUCAGAGACUUCAAGUUGCAUAGGAGUUGUAGAGGAAGUUUCAGUAGUGGAGGAAACAGUGAGAGUAUUAUCUGAGGAAGAGUGGCAAGUUGGUGAAUCAAGAGCACAAGGAAGGCAAGUUGGCAAUGUAGAUGGUGGAGUAAAAGUAGAUGGAGAAGGGGUAUCAAAAGAAUGGAUAAUUGGUGCAGUAGAAAGUGGUGAUUCAAAAAAGUUGCGUAGUGGUCGUCUUGUCACCUCUAGUUCCAGUACUCUUACCAUGGACCCUUCCCAAUUUGAUGCCCUCACUCGGCAAUUAGCUCAACUAGCCAAUAACCAGCAACAUGUACAAACUCAAUUAGCGGCUAUCCAAACUGAGAUGGCUGCUACUCUGUUCCAAAAUAGACGCCAUCGUCGUCGACGAGGUGAUCGACAACAUGUCAAACAUGAUCGUGGGGGUAGGGAUUAUGAUCGUGAGCAAGAACGAGACCAUUACCGCCAAGGUACUCAGUCUCCUACUCGCCAUGAGGAGCGUUUAUUCAGAAACAUUAAGCUAGAGGCCCCUACUUUUGAUGGUUGCUUAGAUCCUCGAGUUUUUACUCAAUGGAUUAGGGAUAUGGAUCGCUUCUUUACCUGGUAUAGAGUCUCUAAAGAUCGAAGAGUUCAAUUUGCUAGCCUGAAACUAACUGGCACUACCCAACUCUUUUGGGAAAGUGCAGAGGAUCUCCUUGAGAGGCGUCAUGCGCCUCCCGUUGGGAGUUGGGAAGAAAUGAAGCGUCGUCUUCAAGAGAAAUACCUGCCCCAAUCUUACAGGGGUAAUUUAUUGGACCAAUGGAAUGCCCUUACACAGGGCAAUCAGCCAGUGACCGAGUAUGUCACUCAAUUUGAUGAAUUCCGAAUGAGAUGUCAUAUUGUUGAGGAUGAGGCCAUGACUUUGAGUAGGUUUAGACAAGGCUUAAAAGAUGACCUUAGACGCGAGCUUGUCCUUCGGGGUGUCGCUACACUUGACCAUGCUUACUCUUUAGUCCGAGACUAUGAGUCGGUCAUGAGGACUCCGUAUGGAAGGCACGAUGACAACCGCCCUUCCAUCACCCCAACGCCCACCCUUUCCCCUAAGUCACUCUUAGGACCUCCGCCAUCUAAUGUUUCCCCCUCAUGGGAAAAUAAGGGUAAAGGUCCUGAAAUUCCAAGGACUUCCUCCCGCUUGCAGUGUUUCAAAUGUAAGGGUUUUGGUCACAUUUCUUCCAAUUGUCCUAGUCGAACCCUAGUCAUUGAGGAACUUGAGGGUAUAGUUGAUGAACUGUUAGAAGAUCAAGUCUAUGAGCCUAAUCUUGAGGAGUUUGGUGAUUUAGGUGAUGAUGAGGGUACCUUCUUAGGUUGUAUCCGAACCUUUCCUGUGGAUUUAAGUUCUGUACCUCAUGCUCCCGACACACCCAGAUUAAGUGUUGUACGUUGCACCCUUACCCAACCAAAAGGUGCUGAUGAUUGGCGCCGUCAUGCCAUCUUUCAUACUUAUAUCAAAAUCAAUGAUAAGGGUUGUAAAAUCAUUGUGGAUAGUGGGAGUUGCAUUAAUGCGGUUUCUGUGGCUACUGUGUCCCGUCUUGGAUUACAACCAGUGCCUCACCCUCAGCCGUAUAGUGUUUCUUGGGUUGAUACCUCUUCCAUAGCUGUGAAAGAGCGUUGUCUGGUUCCUAUCCAGUUCUUAGAAUAUAAGGAUCGUAUAUGGUGUGACGUCAUUCCUAUGGAUGUCGGUCAUGUCAUUCUUGGCAGACCUUGGUUAUUCGACUUAGAUGUGACUAUUCAUGGUCGAUCCAAUUCAUGUUCCUUUGUGUUUAAUGGAAAGAAGAUUCAUCUUAACCCUUUACCUCCAAAACCUGUUGGUUCACAACAAACAAAGAAAAUUGUGGAACAAAAAGGGUUAAAUAUCAUUAACUCUACGGAGUUUGAGAGUGCACUCGUGAGUGCUCCUGUUGUGUUUGCUGUAGUUGUUAUGGAGGUUCCUGUGGCAUCUCCAGUAGUGGUCCCUGAUGAGGCCCAAUCAUUUUUUCAGGAGUUUCCAGAUGUCUUCCCUGAAGACCUCCCUGACUACUUACCUCCUCUACGAGAUAUUCAACAUGCCAUAGAUCUCGUCCCAGGAGCGUCCCUUCCCAACUUGCCUCAUUAUAGGAUGAAUCCCACUGAGCAUGCUGAGCUCCAAAGACAAGUGGGUGAACUUCUUCACAAAGGCUUUAUCCGUGAGAGUUUAAGUCCUUGUGCAGUUCCUGCCCUUUUGACUCCUAAGAAAGAUGGUUCUUGGAGGAUGUGCAUUGAUAGUCGUGCCAUCAAUAGGAUCAUAAUGAAAUAUCGAUUUCCCAUCUCUAGGCUUAAUGAUAUGUUGGAUAUGAUGGUUGGUGCCACAAUAUUUUCGAAAAUUGAUUUAAAGAGUGGGUAUCACCAAAUUAGGAUUCGCCAGGGUGAUGAGUGGAAGACUGCCUUCAAGACGAAGGACGGCCUUUAUGAGUGGUUGGUCAUGCCUUUUGGACUAACCAAUGCCCCAAGUACUUUUAUGAGAGUGAUGACACAAGCUCUUCGGCCUUUCAUGGGUAAGUUCCUCGUCUACUUUGAUGACAUUCUCGUUUACAGUAGGACUAAGGAACAACAUCUAGAUCAUCUCACACAGGUUUGUUCCACUCUUCGUGAGACAAAUCUGUAUGCUAAUGUGAAGAAAUGCUCUUUCUUCACCGAUCGGGUUGUCUUCCUAGGAUUCAUUGUGUCUUCUACUGGAGUAUCUGCUGACCCCACAAAGAUUCAGGCCAUUGUUGGUUGGCCUGAGCCCAAGACUAUACAUGAUGUCAGGAGUUUUCAUGGUCUGGCUACAUUUUAUCAUCGUUUUAUUAAGGGGUUUAGCACAAUCAUGACUCCUAUCACGGAGUGCAUGAAGAGGGGAGAAUUUCAGUGGACAUCGGAAGCAGCUAAGGCUUUUAAGUUAGUCAAGAAGCGAAUGACGGAAGCUCCUGUCAUGCGACUUCCUGAUUUCUCUAAAGUUUUUGAGGUUGAGUGUGAUGCUUCAGGGGUAGGAAUAGGUGGAGUUCUUAGCCAGGAACGCCACCCUGUUGCUUAUUUCAGUGAGAAGUUAAAUGAUGCCAAACAACGGUACUCUACCUAUGAUAAGGAACUGUAUGCGGUUGUGCAAGCUUUGCGCUAUUGGCGCCAUUAUUUGCUACCUCAGGAGUUUGUUCUUUAUUCAGAUCAUGAGGCCCUCCGCUACCUCAAUUCCCAGAAAAGAUUGAAUUCUUGGCAUGGCCGUUGGGUUGAGUAUUUGCAAGCUUAUUCUUUUGCUUUAAAGCAUAGGAAAGGUGUUGAGAACCAAGCAGCUGAUGCCUUGAGCCACCGUAUCUCCCUUUUGUCUAUCAUGAAUGUCAAGAUCAUAGGUUUUGAAAGACUUAAGGAAGAGUAUGAGUCUUGUCUUGAUUUUAGGGAUACUUUUUUUGCUUUGCAAAGCGGGCAGUCAGAUACCACUGAUGGUUUCCGUUUGGAGGAUGGUUAUCUUUUUAAAAACCAAUAA